CAGUUUAGUGCGCAGCCGCUCUGUUCGACACAUUACCGUCGUGCCAAGAGGGAUCUUCCACUUCUUUUAGAAUUUUUUUCCAAAUUUAUCUUUCUCUUUAAUACCCACUUAUCAGCCAAAAUGGUAAGCAGGAUAUUGUAUAUGUAUUCAUUGCAUAUCUUUUGAAUAUCUUUGCCUUGCGAUAGUUAGCCUCUUUGUCAACAUUGUGUCGUUAGGCGUGAACCUCUUAAAAAAAAUCAAUUGGUUGCCGCCAUUUUCGCUGUCGGGCAGUUCUUAUUCGUAUUUUGCGCCAAUACCAAAUUCUCCCAUUCUCACACGAACUUCUUUACUUAUAUUUGGUGUCUGUAAAAAAUAAUGCCUAAUAAAUAUAAAUAAAUUGAAUAUAAAAUUGUAGGCCUAAAUGUAUAUAUAAUAACUCUUAUCAGAUUUAUGUACACAAAGAAAAAAAUUUAAAUUAAUAACUUUUACUUUUACCAAGUGGCUAUUCGGCCCGGGUAUCAGAAGAGAGAGGUUGGGAUUUAAAAAAAAAUAUUUAAAAUAUAAUUGUAGGGUUUUUAUUACUUUUACCGAAAGACCUACAUGUAAUAGUAAAAUGUAUGUAAACUCACUUCUUCAGUUUAACUACCACAAAUGACAUCCGAAAAGCAUGACAAAUGGGACCCGGGUGCGAAUGGCUGAGAUGUUAGUUCAUUUUGAUUAAAUGCUAUUUGGAUGUCAUUUGUUGUAGUUUAUUUUAGUUAAACUGAAGAAUUAAGUGUACAAACAUAGUCCAUUCAAUUAACUUUCAUUUGAUACCUCAUUUCGUCUUACAAACUCAACAAUAAUAUUUUUAAUAGUUUUUUAAUCCCAACCUCUCGCUUCUGGUACCCGGGUGCGAAUAGCCACUUCGUAAAUUUUAAGCUGGCCUAAUGCCUAAUACUAAUGUGACAACGUUACCAAAAUAAAUAUGAAAUGCUAAAAUUACAAUGGACGAAUCAUGUGAUUUAAAAAGCAAAAAAAAAAAGCAAAAAAAAAAAAAGCAUUAACUUCUUUUUUUUAUUAUAUUUUUAUUUUUUUUUUUAUUUUUUUUUUUUUUUUUUCUUUUUUUUUUUUUUUUUUUUUUUUUUUUUUUUUUUUUUUUCUAGCUUUGAACUUAGAUGUUUUUGGGAGAAAAAACCAAACAAAAUGAGUAGUAGUAGCAGUUUAAUAGCCUACAUUAGACUAUAGGGGCCUAAUUAUAAAGAUUGGUCUUUUACUUUUAUAAAUUAUUAUAAUUUAUACUUAGUUAUAGUUAGUCACUAAAUAAUUUAUAUCAUAUUAUGGUACGUCAAAAAAAUCAGCUUUGGCUUUGGCCUACCCUACAACACAUUCACAGACAAUGACAAUGUAGGCCUACCUUAUAAGUCAUAAGUAAAAUCAAUGAGUCAACGUUGAUAUUAAUCAUUAAUGUCAUUAGAGUAGACAUAUAAUUAUAAUAUACGAAUUAUACAUUUCAUCAUGCUCAAAUGUUAGAGUUAGAGCAAGAUGACCUUGAUACAAUUACUUUUACUCUCCUAUAUAUCAAAAUGUAGGCUACCAACUGAAUUCUGUUAAAUUUUAUAUUUUAUUUAUUAUUGUUGGUUGCCUAAUUUAAAGGCGAAAUUAAUUUAAAAAACAUUUUGUCAAACCAAGAUUGUGAUUAACCAGAGACCUACUACUAACUAAAAAAUACUGAUUUGUUAAGACUAAGAGAUACACCUGAUGAUACUAAAUGAAAGAUACUGAUUUGCUAAGAGACACCAAUACAAAUUUCACAACACAGAUUAUUUGGUCAAUUUCAUUGACAAUCUUUGUGUAAACUGAAACUGUAUGUGAAAGUUCAAAUAGUAAAUUAUUGACACCAUAGAAAUAACAUGAAAUCUGUUUUUGAGAACUAACAAGACAUUCUGCCCAGUAGCAUUUUGUGCCCUUUCUGACUUUUAAAGGCUUUACUUUCAUUUUUCUCAUUCUAUUUCUCUUUUAAAAAUAAUAAGAUAGAAUGCAAAUGCACAGUAAUGCUAUUUAUAAGUAAAAAAUUACUGUCGUUUAGUGUAAUAUGCAAUGCAAAGUUUAUAUUGGGUGGAAAAAAUAUUGUAAUGUAAGGAGUUUAAAAAAAAAUUGCAUUCCUUUUAUUGAGUUAAGUAGACUGAAUUUUACUCAAUCUUCACAAUUGAAUUGAAAGUCCAUGCAUUGGAUGAACUUGGCAAAACUGCCCAUUUACAGAGGUUCAGGCAGAAAGAUUAUUACUUUGGCACUACUUUGGUGCUGCUUCUUCAGUUUGUGAAUACCAGAUCUUUUGCUCAAAACAUUAACAGGAGGAUGGACAAUGUCUUGUUAUACUUAUUUGAGCAGUAAAAAGACUGAUUUGAAAAAUCUUCCAAAUAUUACAUCACUCUAAAUGAAAAUGUUCAUUUGGUGGAGCCAUAAUAUAAAAUACAACAGUAAAUUAGUGUAAUACAAUAAGAAAACUGUUUAUUUUAUGGGGUACCGGGUAUUCAAGCAGUUGGACAUCAUUCAACAACACGAGUCAUCAAUAAUGAAAAUGAUUCAUUAUUUUACUCCUAAAACAACCCCUUUCAUUUUUUAAUUGUCCUUUUCUUGUUUAUUUAUCUCCACUUCAUUAUCUCCUUACAAUAUCUGAAACUUUCUAAUUUUGUAUCUUCUGCUAUUAGCGUGAGUGUAUUUCCAUCCAUGUUGGUCAAGCUGGAGUCCAGAUUGGUAAUGCCUGCUGGGAGCUGUACUGCCUUGAGCAUGGUAUCCAGCCAGAUGGUCAGAUGCCAUCAGACAAAACCAUUGGAGGUGGUGAUGACUCAUUCAACACCUUCUUCAGUGAGACUGGUGCAGGCAAACAUGUACCCAGGGCUGUCUUUGUUGAUCUUGAGCCCACUGUUGUUGGUAAGUUAAAUAAAAUACUGAAAUAAAAUGAACAAAAAAAAAGCUGUCAUUUUAAUUUUUAAAAAUUAAAAAUUUUUCAAAACAUAAAAUUAUAAUUUUGAAAUUUGUUUCAGAUGAGGUCCGCACAGGAACUUACCGCCAGCUAUUCCACCCUGAGCAGUUGAUCACAGGAAAAGAAGAUGCUGCUAAUAACUAUGCCCGGGGCCAUUACACUAUUGGCAAGGAAAUUGUAGACCUAGUGCUGGAUCGUAUACGAAAACUUGCCGAUCAGUGUACUGGGCUUCAAGGCUUUCUCAUUUUCCACAGGUAAUGUUGAUUUUACUUGUAGAAGAGUAUUUCAUUUUACAUAUUGUCAUUCCAUUCUAAACAGAAUUAAAAAUAUUUAUAAAGCUUUUCUCUAAAUUUCAUUCGAAAAGAAUAUUACUUCUCAAUUUCUAAUCUUCAAUUUUGAGAUUUAAAAAAAAAGGAACUUAAAUUUGAUAAGCUACCUAUAACUCUUAUAUAAGAUCAUACAGCGUAAUUUAUUAAUUAUUUUUUGAACAUAUGUUAUUUUAGAAAAGACAUACAACUUUUCAAUUGAUUAUAGCUUUGGUGGUGGCACUGGCUCUGGCUUUGCAUCCCUGCUCAUGGAGCGUCUCUCUGUUGACUAUGGCAAGAAAUCCAAGUUGGAGUUUGCCAUUUACCCAGCUCCUCAGAUCUCCACUGCUGUUGUAGCUUUGGUGGUGGCACUGGCUCUGGCUUUGCAUCCCUGCUCAUGGAGCGUCUCUCUGUUGACUAUGGCAAGAAAUCCAAGUUGGAGUUUGCCAUUUACCCAGCUCCUCAGAUCUCCACUGCUGUUGUUGAGCCCUACAACUCCAUCCUGACCACCCACACCACACUGGAACACUCCGACUGUGCCUUCAUGGUGGACAAUGAGGCCAUCUAUGACAUCUGCCGCCGCAACCUUGACAUUGAGAGACCAACUUACACCAACUUGAACCGUCUGAUUGGCCAGAUUGUCUCAUCCAUCACUGCAUCCCUCAGGUAAGCUUUCAUAGCCCACUAAAUUUGUAGAUUUGCUUUUUCACAAUUUUUAUCCUUCCAGUAUUUGAUAAGUUUGAAUAUCUGUUAAAUUGAUAGCUAAUAUAAUUUCAAUUUUCUAGGUUUGAUGGUGCCCUGAAUGUUGACUUGACUGAGUUCCAGACCAACUUGGUGCCAUACCCACGUAUCCACUUCCCACUGGCCACCUAUGCCCCAGUCAUUUCUGCUGAGAAGGUAAGAUGCAUGGCAUUUUAUCAAAACUUAUUAACCUUGAAAGAGUUAAGAUUUAAUUCACAAUUUGUACAAUCCCUUGUGAUUCAUCUAUAGCAUAAGUCUUUGUAAUUUUCCAGGCCUACCAUGAGCAACUGUCAGUUGCUGAGAUCACCAAUGCUUGCUUUGAGCCAGCCAACCAGAUGGUGAAAUGUGACCCACGUCAUGGCAAGUACAUGGCCUGCUGUAUGUUGUACAGAGGUGAUGUUGUCCCCAAGGAUGUCAAUGCUGCUAUUGCUACCAUCAAGACCAAGAGGACCAUCCAGUUUGUUGACUGGUGCCCAACUGGCUUCAAGGUAUGUACAUGGCCUGCUGUAUGUUGUACAGAGGUGAUGUUGUCCCCAAGGAUGUCAAUGCUGCUAUUGCUACCAUCAAGACCAAGAGGACCAUCCAGUUUGUUGACUGGUGCCCAACUGGCUUCAAGGUACCGUACUCAUUACUGUUUUUUAGUAUACAGCAUAACAAUUAAAGGACUGGUUUUUAUGCUUUUUUGUUAACUUUGGUUGGCAGAUUUAAAUACAUAAUUUUAUGCUAAAAUGACUCUAUAUGACAAAGAGUUUCAGUGAAAUUAAAAAUCAAGUUUUUUCUUUAAACUAUGAGGGAUUUUUAACCUGAUUUAGCUAAUGUUAUAUAUAUUUAUUGAUUGUCAAAUUAUGACAAUUUCUAUUCCAGGUUGGCAUCAACUACCAGCCACCAACUGUUGUGCCUGGAGGUGAUUUGGCCAAGGUCCAGCGUGCAGUGUGCAUGUUGAGCAACACAACUGCUAUUGCUGAGGCCUGGGCCAGACUCGACCAUAAAUUUGAUCUCAUGUAUGCCAAACGUGCCUUUGUCCAUUGGUAAGAAGACUUCACAUAAUAUGUCUGUAGUCAUAAGAGUUACUUAAAGAUUAAUUUCUAGAGAAUAUUAAUAUGCCAUUGUUAUUUGUUAUUAAGUCAUCUGUUAAAAUUGACACCAAGAUGGAAUUAAUAUUUAUACAUAUUUUUCUAGGAUGUUCAAUAUAUUCAACUUUCCUAUAGUUGUUUAACUUUCCUAAAAUGUUUUGUUUUCAAUAGGUAUGUGGGUGAGGGCAUGGAAGAGGGUGAAUUCUCAGAGGCCCGUGAAGAUCUGGCUGCCCUGGAGAAGGACUAUGAGGAAGUUGGUGUUGAUUCAGUUGAAGGAGAGGGAGAGGAGGAAGGAGAAGAAUACUAAGCAGACCUAAAGUUCUCAGCAUUAAGUUUAUAUUGCAGCACCACUUUUACAUCCUUGUGUCUUAUCUAGAGAAGUCCUGAGACAUUUUUUUCAAUAAGGGCUUUGCAGUCAUGUAGCCUUGGUAUUGUUUUAUAGCUUUUUGUUGAAGGAUAAAUGGGUUGUCGAAGUCCUUUAUCUUACAGGCCUUUUUUUAAAGUUUUAGUUUAAUAAAAUAUUAAUGGAAAGUUGUAAAUGUUUAAAUUAAUCAUCUUCAAAAAAGCAAUUUAUAAACACUUUGUUUUGGUGAUACAACCAACAGAUUUCAUAGACAAAAUUUCCCUUCAUACAUUAACUGACAUGAAGACAAAAUCUGGUUUACUGUGAUAAAGCACUCAUUUAUUUUAGUGAAAAAUAUUUAUUUUGCCUAAAAGCAUGUUCAGGUUUCAUUGUCGGUUGAAUUUUAGAAUGUAAAAUUUUUUAAGCUUUUUUUUUAUGAGUUUAAAUAUUAAUUUUAAUGUGGCUAUUGUAAUUUGCAUUUAGUUCAGAAUUACGAACUACCAUUCCAGAUGUUAAGUUAUACACUCUUAUUCCUCAAUGCACGUCAUUAAGUAAUGUUUUUGACAUCAGUGAUGUGUCCUAGUCUACAGGUUCGUUUUAUAAGUUGGUACAUUUUUGUUAAGCCUGAAUGGAGAAUUAAAAGUUAUACCUAAUUCUUUUAUAUAAUGGUUCAGUAUUAUUUGAUAAAACUUGUUUCUGUAUGAGUGAAGGUAUUAUGUACCACAUGUUCAAAUUUUGUCAUGUAAAAAAAACCAACAUAUAACAACAAAUAAAAAACACAGACAUAAACUUAUCAAAAAUAUCUCUUCCCACCAACUCCCAAAUGACCUCUGGACAUCUUUUUUUUCACACCAACAUAAUUAGAUGGCUCAAUUUUUUAAAGAUAAUUAAAUUAGUUUCCUUUAACUCCUGCUAAAAAAAUAUGCGAAAAGAAAAUCUCACCAUGACGUGCGAUCCACUUGAAAUUUAAAAAUUUUCCAACACUCUUCAGACAUUCUCAAAUUUUGGUCCGCUGUGGCCAAAUCUUUACAUUUAAUGUCCUCAAAACUAGGUCAGUUUAAGGAUACUUAAUUAAUAUUUUUGAGCCUCCAUUUGAAUGUUGUAGUCAAUGAAGUCAAAUAAACUGCAAAGCAUUGCCCAUGAGAUGGUCUGCUUAUUUGUCAUAAUAAAUCA